GAAGUUGGCGCACCCAAAAAGCAUAAUAGCUUUACGCGCUCGCUGGCGUUGCCAAACACAUCCCUCUUUAGCUACGGAAAUAGAGCGGCAGCAGCAGCAGCACAUGCCAUUUCUCCAGGGAAGCAAACCUGUCAUCAACUUCCCAUUUUUACUUGCAGGAAAGCUUUCAAGUGAUAUCACUUCGCAAUGGAAGCCAAGUUCUUUCGAUUUCUCAAAAUUGUAGGUGUUGGUUACAAAGCGCGAGCAGAAGCAGAAGGCCGUUUGUUAUUUCUCAAACUGGGUUACAGUCAUGAAGUCGAACUAACUGUGCCGCCUGCAGUCCGGGUGUUUUGUUUCAAGAACAAUGUGGUUUGCUGUACUGGAAUUGAUAAGGGAAGAGUGCAUCAGUUUGCUGCUUCAGUUCGUAGUUGUAAGCCACCUGAAGUUUAUAAAGGCAAAGGGAUCAUGUAUAUUGAUGAAGUUAUUAAGAAGAAACAAGGAAAGAAGUCAAAAUGAUCGUGGCUGAGAUGUGUGAUUCUGAUGCAUCAGUAGGUCAAACUGGGUUUGUUUUUGGUAUUAAAUUGCAAGGAUUUUGUAGUUUGGAAGAGGUUUCAAUCAAUUUAUGAUGUUUUAGAAUAAUAGAAUUUGCUGGUUGCUAGAUUUGCAAGGUUUUUUGCUCUCUCUUUUUUCUUGAGGAUUUGUUGUCGUCGGAUGCUGGAAAAUGAUGGUUAUUCAAUGCUUUUAAUAAGCUAUUAAUUUCAGUAGAA